AUGUCAAUCAUGUCGUUCCUCCUGCUAGAGACGCUCUCGUUUGCUCCCGUCGCGCAGCCCUCGAAGCCGAACAUCCUUGUCUUCCUCGUCGAUGACUUUGGCUGGGCGAACACAGCGACAGUGCGCACGGAUCAUGCGCGGCCCGAGGACUUUGACACGCGUCAGCUCUACAAGGAUUGCAUCCGGCUCAGCCACCACAUCGCGGCGAGGAGCCCGAAGGGCGAGGCGAUGCGUUCGAUGAUCCGGCAGCAGUUCAAGUCAAACAUGGGCGAGACCGACCCGACCAAGAUCAACGAGCUGAAGAUGCGCGCCAUCUCGGGGAUCCAAAACUACGUGAUCCACGAGAACACCCGCAAGGCGCUCUCUAAAAAGGGGAAGGAAUACGCCUCCUCCUUUGACGCAGGUAGUGGCGGUGGCAGCAGCGGCAGCAGCGGCAGCAGCGGCAGCAGCAGUGGCGCGUCGUGAUGGCAGUAUACGACGGUUGCGCGACGAAUGUGCCCGGCGGUGCCUUGCCUCGAACGCGUCGAAGCCGCUCCCCGCGGCUCUUCCCUCCGACUCAUGCCAACACCCUUUUUUGCCAGUCGUGUCGAGCUCAUUUCA